AUGGAAGGAGUAUGGGUACUUUUGGCGGGUUUGGUGUGCAUUAGUGAGGCUAUACUGGUAUCCAACAAUGGGUCAGGUGAUCUCAACAAUACUGGCAAGUCUGAACAGCUGAUUACUCAAGAAACUCAGGUCAAAAGAUCUGCUUUUGGAGGUUACUAUCCAGAUGAAUAUGGCUAUGGCUUAGGCAAUGGGUAUAGCCAUGACCACGGGGCGGAGUACUACCCCAACCAUGACCAUGGAGCUGACUAUCACCCCCAACAUCACCAUCAUUCCUACCACCAUGACCCUUUCAAAACCUUGCUGGUGCCACUGGCAGGCGUGGCUCUACUGGGCGCAGCGGCCAUCUUUGCCUCCAACCCCAUCCUGCUGCAACUGGGGGUAUUACGAGGCAAACGCAGACGCAGGGACCUAGGAGAGAAACAGCUGCAAGAUCUAAUCAUGCUGGAGAAGUUUGUCAGUGAAUUGCCUCUAGCAGAGGUUGAGCAGCAGAAUCGCAUGAUGCUAGCGAGCUACCUGAGCUGCUCAGGAGGCUGUGUCCAGCGAGUAGCUUGCGAGCUGCAUCACCACGGCUCUCCACAGGACAUUCAUGUGCUUGAUAUGGUGAUUUCUGAAAUACUCAAUAAUGAGUAUAUUGAUGAUAAAAUCAAAAAGAGUGUCACCAAAGCAAGGAAAGUUGGCCGCUCACGUGGAAGUUGCAAAGAAUAUCCAUGUCAAGAACUGGACAAAAUGAGGAAUGUAGUGAAACAUUAAAAAAACAUAAGUUCAUUGAUCAACUUAACACUGGUCAUAUCCCUUAUUGUUAUAUAUCA